CGAAGACGCGCGCCGCAAGUAGACACCUCCGGGCAUUACAUACAUGGCCUCCUCUUCGUCCGAACGCGUGCCGGUCACGGUCCUCACCGGCUUCCUCGGCAGCGGCAAGACGACGCUCCUCAACCACAUCCUUACGGCGACGCACGGCAAGAAGAUCGCCAUAAUAGAAAACGAGUUUGGGGACGUCGGCAUCGACGACGCGCUCAUCCAGAAGACCUCAAAGUUCAGCUCGGAGGAGGAGAUCAUCGAGGUUCUCAACGGCUGCCUCUGCUGCUCUGUACGCCAAGAUCUCGUUGUAUUGCUCAAGGGCUUUGCCGAGCGCGCCGCGGCGGGCGAGCUGAAGCUCGACGCGAUCAUCAUCGAGACGACGGGCAUGGCGGACCCGGCGCCGGUCGCGCAAACCUUCCUCAUCUACGAUGAGAUCAAGGCCUUCGCGCGCCUGGACGGCAUCGUCACGAUGGUGGACGCAAAGCACGUCGAGCGGCACCUCGACGCCGUGAAGCCGGAGGGCGUCGUCAACGAGGCGGUGGCGCAGGCCGCCUUCGCCGACCGCCUGCUGCUGAACAAGACGGACCUCGUCACGGAGGCGGACCUCGCCCGCAUCGAGGCGCGGCUGAGAGGCAUCAACGCUUUUGCGCCCAUCCGGCGCUGCUCGCGCGGGGACGUGUCGGUGGACUCGGUGCUCAACAUCCACGGCUUCGACCUCCAGCGAGCGCUCCAGACCAACCCGCAGCUGCUCAACCCGGAGAACGCGCCGACGCAGCACGACAAGACCGUCACGAGCGUCUCCCUCGACCAGGGGGCGCCUCGCCACAUGCGGACGGUGCAGAAGGGUGACCUCGACUUUGAGCUCGCGACGGACUUCCUCGAGUACAUCGCAGAGUACAUCUACCACGCGGUGCACAUGACCUUCUCCGGCGGCUUCGAGGAGGCGUGGCAGCCGGGCGAGCCGCGCGAGUCAAAGAUGGUCUUCAUCGGCAAGGGGCUCGACGAGCAGUUCCUGGCCAGCAGCGUCCCUGCCUGCGGCAGCCUCGUUGCGAGCACCUUCAACAACUGCCUCGCCACGCCAGAGAACCUGACGCGGAAGGCGAGCACGCUCCGCUUCAAGCCCGGCGACGCCGUCGAGUGCCGCACCACGGGCUUCGACGCGGAGGAGGGGGAGAGGUGGGCGGCGGGCACGGUGGUGGAGGCGCCGCGCCGCGCAGAGUCCGCGCCGCCGGUGCUGCACCGCGCGGACGACAUGGCCCCGGGGGAGGUUGCGCCGUACCGCGUGCGGCUCGAGGACGGCAGCGAGCUCACCGUCCUGACGGACGAGGGCAGCGAGAUCGUCGGCGCGAACAGCCACGGCGAUGAGGACGGCGAGGAGGCGGGCGAGGGGUGCGAAGCGCAGGCGGCGCCGCAGCAGCAGCAGCAAUUCCGGGUGCAGGUGCCGGACGGGGUGCAUGCCGGGCAGGCCUUCCCAGCCACGGUCGGCGGGGGGCACCUCAUCUUCCAGAUCACCGUCCCGCCCGGCCACGGACCGGGCAGCUGGCUGACGGUCACCGCCCCCGUGGAGGCCACCGGCGGGGCAAGAGCCGGCGGCGGUGCGGAGGGCAGUGGCGCCGCCGCAGCCGGCAACUCGGCGGAGGGGACGCACGCGCGUACCACCCACCAGGCGGCUAGCGAGGGGGAGGCCGACCAUGAGGCCGACGAGGCGAGCAAGCGGCACAAGGCGUGACGCAAGAUCGCGUGGAGCAUCCUGUGGCCGGGACUGCCGCGCUGGGGCUGUCCGUACACCGUUGAACGUGCGGGGCCACGCCUGGCACAACGUUCAACGAUUCGAUCUUUACAUUGAACAAACGCGCCGUGCCCGCGGCGCGCGGCCGCGGGCUAGCCCGCGGGGUUAAAGUUUAACAGGCUAAGCCGCCGAUGCCUGGGGCAUAGCCAUAGGGAUAGGCCACAGCGUGCCCGACCACACACAAGUCAACUGUCAACUCAUAUAGCUGAAACAGAGGCGCGCUCGAGAGAACAGAGGUCGCACAGAGCCGACACCUCUUCUCCUCUGAGUCUGAGGGUGUGGUGACAUGGUGUAAUAUGUGUGGUCUUGGUGGUGCCUUUCCCGCCCAGUCUAAUGUGGGUGUGUGACUGUGGGGAGUACCUCCGCGCGUGUGUGGUGUCUGGUCCGUAGAGCUGUUUAACAUUAACUUUGGGCCUCUA